AUGACGUUGCCGCCACCGCCGUACUCGACGACGCACGUGGACAACUGCGCGCUCGGCGCGUGGUACCACAAGCUCAAGCACGUGGCUAUCAAGAGCGUCAUCGUGCCUCUACCUUCAGAAUUUGUGUCGUUGCUACUUGCUGAUGGCGUGACGCUGUCGCCCGCUCCAGUCUCGUUUAAAGUAGACGAAGCAGAGGACGACGAGGAUAGCGAUAGCGUUACUUCACUCACCGACGAUCAGCAACGCGCCGUUGCGACCGUUCGAGAGCACGUGCAGCACGUUCUGGAUGCUUUUGGGGGCAAAGUCUUUGUCAAGACCAAUUGGAGUGCGCCUCGGGACGCGGCGUGGAUGCUCGGGACGCUCAAGUGCACGAGCUUCGACGACGUGUUCCUGCUACUUCAGGCGUCGGACUUUAUCGUACACGACCUCACCGAACCGUACGCUGGUUGUUCCCUCGAUAGUCAUAUCGAGCAGGAGUCACUGAAUCGCUCAAAGUGCUACCUGGUGCUCAAGAAAUGGUGCAAUCUGCUGGACUCGAUGCUGUUCCGGUGCUUUGUCGUCGGCCAUCGUCUCGUCGCCGUGUCGCAGCGGAAUUGCAACGAGUUUUUCGCGUUCCUUGUCGAGCAGCAAGACGCCCUCUGUGACCUGCUGCAUGAGUUUUACAAGACCAACUUCCGGACUCACGAAGGAGGAAGCGAGUUUGUGUUUCCAGAUCCCGACUACAGCUUUGACGUGUACGUUGACAAGCGGCGACGCGUGUAUCUCUUGGAUAUCAACGUCUUUGGCAGUGUCACGGAUACGCUGCUCUUCUCAUGGACGGACUUGAUGGAGUUCCAGCGGGACGAGCUAGCGAGACCGCAGGACAUGGACGACGAGCAGUACACGAUUGACUUUCGGGUCGUCGAGUUCGAGCAGGGGAUCCGUGCCAAUCCACUGAGCGGGUAUCGUGCACCGACUGACUUGGUGCACCAUCUAGCUGGCGGUGCUGGCUUUGACGCCUUUAUUGAACAGGUGAAGCGCGAUAACGCCGCUCGUAGCGACGGCCAGUAG